CUUCACCUAACCGAACCAUAUUCUUCUUCUUCUUCUUCUUCUUCUUCUUUCCCUUUUUACGAAGUCAUCAUCCUGCAUCCCGGCUAUUCCGUUUUUGCUCCCUAUGAAUUAUUUUCGUUACAUGCCACUCCACCAAGCUCCCCUUGCCUUUUUUGUCUUGUUUAAAGAAUUUUAUGUCCAACACGUGGGGUGUACUUGUGUGGUAUUUUUCACGAGAUAUGUAUGUUAGUAAUCUCUAAAUUCUGUUUCAGUUACCGACGGCACAAUCGUUCUCUCUGAGUACAAAACAUGGGUGUAGUAGUUUGACGAGUUUUGUGUGUACGAAAUGUUGUAGAAUCACAUUUAAAAUAUUAGUUGUUAUUCUUGAAUGAUGAAGAUGAGCAAAAAUCUAAUUUAAAAAAUGUGGUAUGUAUGCUAACAUUACGACUAUUUCUAUCAAAGCAGAUGGUCGCAUGGACUAGCUUGAAAAAUCUAGGACAUGCUCUCCCGAGACUAGAUUUCUCUGUAUUUGCUUCAACAAUUAGCCUAUCUAAGAGCAUUCUGGUGAGAUUAUCAUACCUCGCAUUACCUACAACGCCCUCAUAGACUCGCAUUCUUAAGUCCUUGUUGCUAUGAAAUGGGGAAAAUAUUUUUUUUUUAGUGAUACUCGCUUCAAAAUAUGGACUCAAAUAUGUGUACAUUGUUUAUCGAUCACACUCUGUCAAAUCCUCUCAUCAUUCAACGUUUUCAUUAUUUUUUAAAACGAAACGUGCAUAUAUAGUAUAUUGAACUAGAAUACUCGGAUCCUUAAUGAUGCCAACCUAAUGAGCAGUGGUGGAGCUAGGUUGAAUCUUGGAGGAGCUGCAUGCAAUCCUCCUCAAUGUUGAAAUAUAGGCAACAUUACACGCAAAAUUUUAUACAAAUUUAGGUAUUAGAACAGACUUUAACCCCCUCUCCCCCAAUUAUAACAAUUCAAGUCAAACAUAGUGUGUUGUAGCAUCACUCCAAAUGGCAAAUGGAAGCAACAUGUACCAGGACCAAUAUGCUAAAAUUGUAGAAAAUGUAGUAGUAGAAUGAUAUUUUCCACCCAAUACUAAAAGUUGAUGCUUUUCGAGAGAAACGAGGUUUCUUCCUUGAAGCAGCGUAUAAAAAAUUGUGGUGGUGGUAGAAGAAGACGAAGGAAGGAACGCAACAGAACAAGGCGGCGUGUCCACCUCUGCUCUCUCAAGUCUUCUUCCACAGUCUCCUCCACUCCCACCACCACAAAUUUCCCCAAACCCAAACGUUCUAUUUAUAGCCGCCACCGUCCCCUCUGCCACCAGUCGACCGCCGGUGCCUCCUCCACCAAUACUGCAUUUUCACCCCUACAUUUUCUCCCGAUCACGAAACCCACCCGCCGCCUUCUCCCGCCUCACACCCACAACCAGAAAAACAAAAAAACCCACCACCGAUCCAACCUCUCUCUGUUCUCUCCUUGAAUCUCUCUUCCUCAAUUCCCUCCCUCCCCAAAAUCUCUUCCCCUCUAUUUCUCACCACAAGAUUCUUUCCCCCCCCCUUUUUCCUUUCCACCAUUUCUAUUUAAUCCCGCACUUCUAACAAUCACCACCCAUUCUUCCUUCCUCUCUCAGUUUCUGAAUUCUUUUGAUUCAAUGGAGGACCGGGCUAAGAUCUGCGAGCUCUGCGCAGGAGCGCCGGACGUUUACUGCAACUCCGAUGACGCCUUCCUCUGCUUCAACUGCGACGCCAGAGUUCACCAAGCCAACUUCCUCGUCUCCCGCCACCUCCGCCUCCUGCUGUGCCGGACCUGCCGCUGCCUCACCCAGAACUCCGUUUUCGGACCCAGAUCCCUUCCCUACUCCGCCGCCUGCGCCUCCUGCUCCUCGUCGGAGGUGGAGAGCGUUUCUUCGGAGCAAGAGAUGGACUCGAUCUCCUGCUGCUCGUCCUCCAACCCUUCCGAAUCGGGGAGUUCCACUGCGAAAUUCCCCAUCCGCUGCGACGAGACGGUGGACCAGCAGCGGCAGGGACCGAGGAGCAACAACGCGCCGCCGAGAUCUGGAGCCUGCGAGGGGAAGAUCGGGGCCGUUUUCGCGAAUUGGUGUAGGAAGGUGGGUGUGGAGGCGGAUCUGGUGGAGCCGAGGGCGGUCCAGGCGAUGGGAUUGUUGAGCGCGGGCCGGAUCGGGAGAGUGCUGCCGCUGCGGCUGAGCUUGGCGGCGGCGUUUUGGUUUGGAGCGAGGCUGAGCGGGGACAGGUCGCGGCAGAGCCUGCGUAGAUUGGCACACGUGUCGGGGGUCCCGGCGGAGCUGAUCGUCAGCGUGGAGGCGAAGCUUGAGCAGGGGUUCAAAGGCCGUGGAAGAUCACGGCGGCGACCGGAGCCGGAGGAAGGUUGGGCGGAGUCCGUUGUUUGAUCAGGAGGUGUUGACUGGACACGUGUCUGGCUGGGUGUGGGUUAAUUAGGGGAUGAUGAUACAUAUCAAUUAAGGGGUGAUUAAUUCAGAUUUGAUUGUAUGUAGUGAGAGAUUAAGAUUUACGAGAUUAGUCAUCUAGAAAAAUUAGUCAAUCAUAAUUUACGGGUGUUGUGGAUCAAGUUUCGACCAUUCGAAUGAUGAAAUUGUAUUCAAAAUUCCAUCGACUGAAUGAGGAUUCCAUCGUUUAAAACAAACUUUUGUUUAGAUGUUUCUUUAAAUUUCGUGUAGUUUAGCAUCGUUAAUCAGUCAUUCUCCACAAGAAUGACAAAGUUGUGUGGCUAAUGUUAUCUUAGCUGUAUAAUGACGUAUUUUCUUUUUCGACCAUGUACUUUAGAAGAUGUGGAUUGUGCCAAAUUUUUAGAUUAAAAAAAUGUAAAUUCG